CGUUCUGUGGUUAAGUAGUAAGAACAGGAACAAAAAAACUAGAAAGUAUUCGCAAUGUUCAAGUACAAUUAGGCAAUUUUCUAAUUAAUUUUCUAUAGAAUGGAAAGAAAAAUGGGUUCAGUACAAAUCCCAGGAACCAAAUAUGUUUCUCAAAGUUCGCAAAUGUUGGUUUCCUCCGGAAUUCCCGCUCUAGAUGAAAUUUUAGGAGGGGGUUUACCUGUUGGUACCGUAGCCCUAAUUGAAGAAGAUAUGUAUGGUACAUAUGCCAAAGUUGUGCUGAAGUAUUUCAUAGCUGAAGGUGUCGUAUGCAAGCAUUCGGUAUUUUUAGCUAGUCAAGAUUCAAGUCCUCAUGAAGUGAUAAAAGAAAUUCCUGCUGUGAUCCAUUUCGACCAAGAAAACACUACUAGUUUCAGUGAACCCAAAUCCUCUGAUACCAAAAUGAAAAUAGCCUUCAGAUAUGAGAAAUUACCAACUCAAGAAGUGGAGGAUAAACAUAUCACAUUAGGACACUUUUAUGAUCUUACAAAGUCAAUGCCCCUAUCAGAUAUCGAAAAUACAGAUAUUUAUUACUGGAACGGAAGCAGGGUAGAAAAUGGUGUCAGUAGCUUCUCGAAUCCUGCCUAUAAUGACUUGUUGCGUCAGAUCAAGACCAAGAUAAAGGAUGACAAGUAUUUUCUCAAAGACAACCCUUCAAAGAAAUCCAUACUACGAAUAGCCUUACAUUCUUUAGGGUCACCUCUCUGGUUACCUGUUAGGAAUUCAUUACAUUCCCUGGACUCAAGUAGAGAUUUGGAUAUGUUUAUUUUCUGCUUGAGGGCCUUGGUUAGGUCUGCAUUAGCUGUAGCUGUGAUCACUAUUCCGUCUCAUCUUUAUAGGGAGCAUGCAUUAGAAAGAUGCAUACACUCUAGUGACAUAUCUAUGCGGCUACAAUCCUUUGCCGGAACGGAAUUGGAAACUAACAAAGUAUUGUCUGACUAUCAUGGAUUCUUUCAACUCACCAAAUUGGCCCCAAUAAAUUCAUUUGCUUCAAGACAUCCUGGUUCACUAGAGUAUGUCUUCAAGUUGAGGAGGAAGAAGUUUGUGAUAGAGAAAUUGCACCUGCCACCAGAUAUAGAGGAUACUAGCAGCGAUAGAAGUAAUAAAGGAAAGAUUAUCACUCCUGGCUGUCAUGGUACAAAUAGGCAGUUACUAGAUUUCUAGUAAGAGAUACUUUGUAUUUAUAGAUUCUAUUUAUUACCAGAGAUCUUAUUAAGCCGAAUUAUUUUUUUUUAUGAAUGUGAUAACUUAUUACUUAUGUGUUUUAUCGAUUAUGAUACUUCUCAUAAAAUUGUAAUUAGAAUUCUAAUACACCUGAAGGUUGUUUGUUAUUGAAUUUACGACUGCCAAAAGUAUUCAAAGAUUUCAAAUUAAAACAAGAACACAGUGAAGUGAAAACAUAAUUUCAUGAAUAAAAUAUGUAAAAAUU